AUGCCGUCACCUGAGAAAAAUGAGUCAGAUCAGAAAUCUGAAUGGAAUAAAUUUUUUAACUUCCUUCACGGCUAUAAUAAAGUUGCUACUGUAAAACUUGCAAACAUGAAGAUUCAUGUAAUUCCAUCUCAACGUGAGCCUAAUGUAACAGAUGAUGGCCUGUAUUUUUCCCAUGCUACGGUGGCUUAUGAUUUGCAGGAACUAUGUGACACCUCUGUGGACCAAAGGCAUGCAACAAUAGUUAUGCAUAAAGCUGCAGUAAAGGCAAUGAGCCCAUUACCGGGUACCCCAUUACCAAGUACUCGGUUGAUGCUUGAAGACGAAGUAAAAAACCCAUUAUUGCUUUCCAAUUCUCCACGUCAUUUUAUGAAAAACGUUGCAUUUGAGUCAGAUGCUUAUUUGAAGGGAAGUAGUUCUGCUGAAAAGGCUACCUGUUCCUCUAUUUCCAAGUGUCAUGAGCACAAUAGUCUUCAGCUCUGCUCCACAAAGGAAGAUGUGGCUGCAGAAAGAAAUUUUGUUACGGACCCAAGUUAUCUGAAAACUCUCGGUCAUGCUCAUUCUGGUUGGAUCUUUGGUGCAAUUGCAGAGCUUGUUGAUAAUUCAAGGGAUGCAAGGGCAUCAAGGCUAGAGAUUGCUGUUGAGACUAUAUUUGAUAAGACUGUAGGCUCUGAGAUUCCUAUGCUAUCUGUAAUUGAUGAUGGUGUUGGAAUGAAUCACCAAGAGAUAUUGAGGAUGAUUUCAUUUGGGCACAAAGUACCUGACGAAGAUAAUCAAGAUUGUAUUGGAAGAUUUGGUGUUGGUUUCAAGACAGGGUCAAUGAGACUGGGCAGAGAUGCUCUAGUCCUAACACAGACAACACAUUCUCGUUCUGUUGCUUUUCUUUCGCAAUCAUUAAAUGAAGGAAAGGACAAUGUGGAGAUACCUGUUGUCAGCUACUGUCGACAAGCUCAGUGCAUGGACAUUGAUACAAGUGUACAGUCUGAAGCACUAGCGAAGUACAACCUGAAUGCGAUGAAGCAGUUUUCACCAUUCAAUGAGUAUUUAAUUGGUGAAAAGGCUGGCCUAUUUAGAGGAAAUACAGGAACGCAGAUCUAUAUAUGGAAUUUGGAUAAAUGGGGCGCAGAGUACACUUUGGAAUGGCAAGCAGGCUUGCGCGGUGGGAGCACCUUUCACCAGGGUGACAUAUAUAUUCGUUCUAGACGUGUAAGAAAACGUCCUGGGCAGACAAGUAGAAAGGUUUCUUUAGAUUAUUCACUUCGUUCUUAUUUGGAAGUCAUAUUUUUAGAGCCUAGGAUGAAGAUAUAUGUUCAAGGCUCACUGGUUAGAAGUCGACCCUUGGCCAAAUCUCUUAAUAAUACUGCUCACCAUAAUGGGGAAAUAAUGGGCAAACAAGUCCGGCUUACUCUUGGUCGCUGUCAGAUAGAGUGGGAUGAGGCAAACUGUGGAAUAUUCUUAUAUUGGCACGGCCGUCUAAUAGAGGCGUACAAGAGAGUAGGUGGCAUGGUUCACAGUGCUGAUAUGGGUCGAGGUGUAAUUGGUGUUGUAGAAGUUACUGAAUUGAUGGAUGAUGGGAAUGGUGGUGUUUGGGUUCAUAACAACAAGCAAGGAUUCCAAGAUUGUGAGCCAUAUGCUUUGCUUGAAGAAUGGUUGGGAAAGCAGGCAGAUGAAUACUGGGAUAAGUUUUUUGAUCCAGUACAGCUGAAAAAAGGCCAUGCUCGAUACAAGCCUGAUAAUGAAUGGGUGCAGUGUGACAAGUGCAGGAAGUGGAGAUUAUUAAAUGCUGAUUUUGACAGCAUGAAUCUACCUAAAGACUGGUUCUGUUACAUGGAUCCUUUCAAUGGAAGAUGUGAAAUGCCUGAGCAGAAGCCUGGUCAUGGAGUAAUCACAGUGGAGCUGAAGAGGUCAUCUGGUCAUGAUCCAAGCAAAAUUGCUGACUCUGAAGGCUUACAGAUUGGUAGGGCCAGUCCUAUAGCAGAAGCAAAGGGUGAAGACAAGUCAACCCAACCAGCAGAAGGUGAUGAAAAAACUCCCACUGUUAAAAAGGCCAGAAGAGGAAAGGGUCAAGACAAGUCAACUCCACCAGCGGAGGAUGAUGAAGAGAUUCCUGUCAUUAAAAGGCGUAAAAGAGGUGUGCAAAAUGCUAGGAAGUACAUACAGGAUUAGUGAGUUUCAUUUCAGCACAUUUUGAACUAUACAGAAGAUUUGCUAACACACAUUCGUUUUGGAUUUUCUCGUGUAUACACUAUUACGGGGUGAUCUUUUGCUAGAUAGUACUCGCCAUUUUGGCUUGUUUUACUAGACUAGAUGUUAAUAUUUGCCAUUUUGGCUUGUAUAUACCGCAUGGUGGAUGAAAAUAUUUUGUAUAGGAAGGCCAUUCACAUGCACAUUUAAUUCAUCUGAAGAAUGUAAAGCUCAUUGCUGUUA